AACUCUAAUAUCACGAAGAGUAAUAGUUGAUCAUAUAAGAAAUCAGGGUGGGUUACUGAAUGUUGGCAGCUGUGGGUUACACAAAGUUCAUGGUGCUUGUAAAACAGCCAUGGUUGCAGCAGGCUGGGGAUUGGAGAAAGUGCUUAAAUCCAUGUAUAGAUUACUUGAAGACACUCCAGCCAGGCGUGAGGAUUAUUUCAAAACGUCUCAGUGUACACAAGCACCUUUGAAGUUUUGUGCCCAUAGAUGGCUUGAAAAUUCUAAAGUAGCACAGGGAGCUUUUGACAUAUUGCCGCAUUUUAAGAAGUUCUGUGACUCUGCAGCAAAAAAGGAAAUAACACAGCCACAAACAGAAUCUUUUGAAACUGUUAGAACAGCAGUCAACAACGACAUGUUUUUAUCUUCUAA